GCCCGGCUGCGUUUGGGGGACGUGGUGGAGAAGGAGGACGUGAGUGAGGCCAUGAGGCUGCUCGAGGCGGCCCGGGAGUCCCUGCAGGGGGACAGGACCCAGCAGCACAGGCCGCAGCGCCCGUCGGAGGCGAUCCUGGGGGUGCUGAGGGAACUGGGGGGUCCCGGGGCCCGCUCGGUGUCGCUGCCCCAGGCCCUGGCCCUGCUGGGCACGAGGGGCUUCACCCCCGCCCAGGUCACGCAGGCCCUGCAGGAGUACGAGCAGCUCAACGUGCUGCAGGUGAACCCCGCCAGGACCACCGUCACCUUCGUGUGACAGACCCCAAAAUACCCCAAAUCCACCCCAAAAAUACCCCUAAAAUAACCCAAAACCACUCCAAAAUACCCCAAAUCCACCCCAAAAUACCCCAAAUCCACCCCAAAAUACCCCCAAAAUACCCCAAAUCCACCCCAAAAUACACCCAGUGACCCCUCCCACCCUCACCUGUGUCACUUCAGUUUGGGGGGGGUCCCCCAAAAUCCCCCCCCCCCGAAUGUUUUUGUUCAGAGCUUUGUUUUGUAAUAAUAAUAAUAAUAAUAGUUUUUACCAAUAAACCCCUUUUUCUGCUUAUUUUUGGGGCACCUGUCGCUGUGACCCCUCCCCACCCCAAGAUCCCAAUUUCCACCCCCAAAAUC